AUGUUAGAUAUUGAAAAGGUAGCUGUUAUAGGUUGUGGACCAGCAGGUAUUGCUUCUAUUUAUGAACUCUUACAUACAACAAAAGAUGGAGAGUCCACAGUAGGCAAAGCUGCGGCUGAAAACUGUAAAUUCAAAGUCACAGGGUUCGAACAAAAGGAUAAGGCUGGAGGAAUUUGGUAUCCAAAUUUUGAUGAAGCGGAUUUACCAGUACCUCCACAAGAUUUAUUAGAUACUGAAAAAUAUAAUGAUCCUCAUGUGAUCAGUCCUAAGGUUGAAAUACCUUCAGACGUAUCUGGAGGAGUGAAAAAGCCAACCAAUAAGAUUUUGAAUGAGUUGGAAUGGAAGAGAAGUGGGAUCUUUAGAAAUUUAUACACCAAUAUUGCUGCUAGAUUCACUAGAUUUUCGUAUAUGGAGAACGAUGACAAGUAUUACGAUAAGUCCAGAAGAAUCUAUCCAUUCAUGACCCAUAUAGAAUUAUGUGAUAGAAUCGAUAAGUUCAUUGAAACUGAAAAAUUGAACGAUUAUAUUAGGUUCAAUUCUUCAGUCAAAUCAGUUACCAAGGUUGGUGAUAAAUGGAGAUUGGUGAUUAAGAAAACCAAUGUUGAUUUAGAUGAAGAUGAAUGGUAUGAAGAAGAUUUUGAUGGUGUUAUUAUGUCUAAUGGUCAAUUCACCGUACCAAAUUUCCCUUAUUCUCCAGGUAUGGCUGAAUUCAAUAGGAAUUUCCCUAACAGUUUGAUGCACUCAAACUCUUAUAGAUCUCCCGAUGAAUUCAAGGGGAAAAGAGUUUUAGUUGUUGGUGGAAGUAUUAGUACUAUCAAUGUAUUACAGUAUAUUGUUCCUGUAGCUGAAUCUGUAGCAGUAUCUUCAAGAGGUGAUCACCCAUUAUAUCCUUGGAUCACCAAAGCUAUUAGAUCUGAAGGUAUUGACCACAAAACAACCAUUAAGGAAUAUAAACCAAACGGUGAUGUAGUUUUCACUGAUGGCACUGUUGAACCAAGAUUUGACAAAAUUGUUUUCACUACAGGUUAUCACCGUCAUUUCCCAUUCUUAAACGAUAAAAAUGUCGAAGUUACCAACAUUUCCCGUUCAGAGAGAAUCAAAGGAUUAUACUACAAUACUUUUUCCAUUGAAGAUCCUUCAUUAGCUGUUGCAGGUGCUACCACUUCACCUUUGGCAUUCCAUUCUAUGGAAGGUAGUGCGGCUGCUAUUGCUGGAGUUUGGUCCGGUGCAGGUAAAUUACCUUCAAAAGAAGAACAGAAGAAAUGGGAACAAGAAAGAAUUGAGAAAGUCGGUGAUAAUGCUUCAUAUCAUUUUUUUGCACACACUUUGAUCAAGGAACAAUAUUUUGAUGUUUUAGAAAAAUUCAUGGCAAAAGGUAGAUUGAACCCUUUACAUGUAGAUGGUGAUCAUGUUAAUGACAUAGAAAAAGGUAUCGAAUCCAUUGAAAAGUUAUUCUACAAAGUUAAAACAGGAGAAUUUUCUAUAGCCGAUACCAUGAAUCCAUAG